GGAAGUGCCCAUGAAGAACGUUGUGAUCCGCAGCUUGGAGGACUUGGGAGGAAAAGCGCCGGUCUCCGCCGUGCAAGCAGACGAGCUGAAGAGCAAAGAGCAGGAGGCGCACGAGGCACAAGAAUUGGCCAAGAAGCGGCUUGAUGCGGCUGUCCUCAUCCAGUGGCUUGUGCGCCGGAAGCUAAAACAGCGCCACGAGCGCAUGAAGCCAUACCUGGACUUCUCAGAUGAUCCAGAAGUGAUGAGUCAAGUGCGUCGGCGGACUUUAGCAGUCUGGAUCUCGACUUUUUACACCAUGCGGAG